UGAAGUUAUCUUUGUCGUAGUGAUACAACUGUAUACGAAUACGUGUUGACUAUAUACAUAUUUCUUUAGAUAAAUUAGUAAAGUGAGUCUUUAACAAUAUACAGUGGGUUGACUGUGUGUUCAGUAUUGUUGAUGUCCAUGAGCGACAGUAGCCACUUACGAUUAGAUGACCCUUAUAUUUCGUGAUAUUAUAAUUUAAAAAACAGCGCGUGAAGCAGUGCGUCUAAUUACUACUUAUCAUCAUCCGCGAUAACCUCUGACACGUUCGGAAUUUUAUUGAGGUACUUUACCGAGUAUCUUAAGUAAUGAAGUAUUGUUUAAUCUUAUUAAGGGGAUUCCUUUGACUCCUUUAUUUGAGAACAUAUAUUGGAUUGAGACUGAUGCUGUGUCAUUCAUCAUCUGCACGUUGAGCAGUCAACAGACAAGUAAUACGACACAGGUCAAGAUGUCCAAGAGUGUAGCGUUGUUGUUGUUGUGCGCGUGCUUGGCGAGCGGUAGACACGUGCCGACACGUGCGCGGAGACAAGCCGGCAGCUUCACAGUGAACUCGGAUGGAACCUCCGGGGCCGCCCUGAAGGUCCCUCUCACCGGCAACGACAAGAACGUACUCAGCGCCAUCGGGUCCGCCGACUUCAACGACCGCCACAAGCUCAGCGCCGCCUCCGCAGGGCUCGCUCUGGACAAUAUAAACGGGCACGGGCUGAGCCUGACCGGGACCCGCAUUCCCGGCUUCGGGGAGCAGCUCGGCGUCGCAGGCAAGGUCAACUUGUUCCACAAUAACAACCACGACCUGAGCGCCAAGGCGUUCGCGAUCAGGAACUCGCCCAGCGCCAUCCCCAACGCGCCCAACUUCAACACGCUGGGCGGCGGACUGGACUACAUGUUCAAACAGAAGGUGGGCGCAUCGCUGAGCGCGGCGCACUCUGACGUCAUCAACCGGAAUGACUACUCGGCCGGCGGUAAGCUGAACCUGUUCCAAUCUCCGUCCAGCUCGCUCGACUUCAACGCCGGCUUCAAGAAGUUUGAUACGCCUUUUUACAGAUCUUCGUGGGAGCCCAAUGUAGGAUUCUCCUUCUCUAAAUUCUUCUAAAUAAUCUUGAUAAUUGGAAAUCAUCAGUAUUUCGUUAAUAUUUUUAAUAAGCUAUAAGUAUCAAAAAAUGUAUUCGAGUGUUUCAGGCAUUUUAAACAGCUGCUUCAUGACUCGAAUGAAUUUCUAGUAUUAGUUUAACGUCAUUUCCAGUAUAUCGUAGUAAGAGUAAAGAAGAGAGGGGAUAAGGAACAAGACUAUGUACAUAAAUAUGUAAGAUGUCAGUCACAAUGUGUUAGAAAAGUUAGAAUUUAUCUUGUUUAAUAUUCUUCUUCCUUUUUUAAUAUCACGUGAUCAUGUAAGCUGUAAAGUAUUCAAAACGUCACAAAUAAUAAAAUGAAAAUAAUAAAUGGUAAAA